CAUUACAUUUCCCUAAAUCACCCCCAUUCCAGGAACCAAUUGGACUGUUGUACAGGGGUAGCACCCCCACUUGUCCAAACCCAGCCAUCCCAAAAUGCAGAGAGCGCCAAAUCUGCCUUACCCUUUGUUAGCGAUGCAGACUCCACAACAGCCCAAAAUGGAAGCAAAAAGGUAGGAGAAGAAGGAGAGCUUCCAGGUAAAACCAAGUCCUCCAGAUCCUCUACAUCAUCUCAGAGUAGUGGUUCCCAGGAAUCAGCCUUAUUUCAGCCUUCAAAACUUUCUAGAACAAAAUCCAAAAUCCUUGACAAGGUAAGAGCCUUUGAGGAACGCAGGCACAGCAUUGACACACCAAAAGUGCCCACAUCUGGGAUCUCAUGGGCUGGCUUCAGCCAAAAAGGAUCCUGUGAUUCUGACGAUGGAGGGAGUAAAGCAAAUAGGACCAGUGAUGAGCGCAUAAGCAAUGUGGCUCUCAAAAGGUCAAUCUACAAGCAAAGGGCAUCCUCCCUGGAGGAACGGCCCAGCUACGCUCAGAAAGUCCAGACUUUUCAAAGUAAAUUCUCAGAGGAACUUCAGCGAAUCAAAAAACUUGUUGGAAGGCCUAACAUCAAGAAAGCAUUUUCUACAGGGUAUCUCGCUGAGAGAGUCAUGCAGCCAUUGGAUAAAGUUGAGCCAAUUCCACAGAUCAUUGAUAGAGUUGCAGAUGAAAAAACAGGCAGAGGUAUAGUUGAUUCAGAGGAGCUGCCAAAGCUGCCUGUGAAAAAUCUGGCAGAACAAGCAAAAGCAGAGAUGGUACACGAAGCAUCUAAACCUAAUAACAAAGGAACUGGGUUUAAAUGCACUGGGAACCAGUCGCUGAAAGACUUAGAAUGUUGCCAAUUAAAGGAGGGCACUGGUAACUUGGAGAAAGACCUAGUAAACAAAGUACCCAGAAAGAGUUUACCAAAGCGGAUGAGAAACACUUUGAAAGGCACAUUACCAUUACAACCCCAAAAAGAUCUGAAAAUCCCAAAUCCAGAACAGCUAUUACCUAAGGAGGACCAAAAGUCUUUUAAGAAAGAGCAGUCCAAUUUUCAAGAUGAAGCGAUUAAAGCACCACCAAAGCCCCCAAGGCUAGGAACUGCUUCCACAUCUCCAAGGUUAUCUGAUGAAGGUGAAGAAACACUCCACUUACCACUCAAAAUGUCUAUCCCUACCAUUGUAAUUGAAGAUAAGCCAGUAAAUGAAACAAAAGUGUUGUUUGACCAAAAGAAUGCAAAACAAACAGAUGAGAAGAAAAAAGAAGGAAGGCAUAAGCAGAAGCCAUCAAAGUCUGCAGAGCAAGAGGACUCCUCUGAUGAUUCCUACAUGUCUGCAGAAGAGGAUGCAGCAGGAGGUCCAGUGUUCAAACUUCCUCUUCGGGACAUUGUUGUGGCUGAAGGCUCUGAGGUGAAACUGGAGUGUAUCAUUGCAGGAAAAACCUCCCGAGUGACAUGGAGGAAAGGUGACUUGCAGCUAGGGGAUGGUACUGGCUAUGACAUAGAAGAGGAGGGGGGACGGCACAGUCUCCGGAUCAGCCAGAUGAGACCCAGUGACGCAGGAACCUAUUCCAUCACAGCCAAGAGCAAAAUGGGACAGGCAUCCUGCUGGGCCACGCUUUCAAUUAAUUCAGAAUCUGUUCAGAGUCAGAGUGGGUCUUUGAGCUUGCCGCUGAAAAAGCCCUUUAGUUCAGUGCUUACUGAUGAGAAGACCCCCAUGGAGGAGAGGAUGGAAAGUCCAUGUUUUAAAGAACCAUCAACAUUCCAGGUUACAUUGAGUGACCAGAUGGUCACAGAGGGAGAGGAUGUAAAUCUAUAUGUCCAGGUUUGUGGGCAGCCUAAACCAGUGGUCUGCUGGUUUAAGGAUAGAGUGAAAAUCAAAGCUGGUGGACAGCAUGAGCUCACUGAGAUGGACAAUGGAAAGUGUGAGCUGAAAAUUAAAUCAGCAGAAAAAUCUGAUGCUGGAGUUUACAUGUGCAAGAUCCUUAAUGAAUAUGGCACCAAACAGACGGAAUGUCAGCUGGAGGUUAAAGCCUUUCCACAUCCAGAGAUUUUAACUAUCACCAGUCCCCUGCAAGACCUCAAGGUCAGAGCUGGCAGAACAGCCCUCUUUGAAUGCCAUAUGACUGGACCAUAUGAUGUUGAAGUGGACUGGCUGGCUAAUGGGAAACUAAUCCAGCCAGCUCUGCUAGACUGUAAGAUGCAGUUUGAUGGAAAGAGGUGUCGCUUGCAGCUCAAAUCGGUGCAUGAGGAUGACAGCGGUGUUUAUACCUGCAAACUCAGCACUGCAAAAGAGGAACUUGUUAUUAGUGCCAAGCUCACUGUCAUCCCAUCCAAGGAACCCCUUUUUACACGCAAGCUGGAUUCACUGGAAGUUAUCGAAGGCCGGUCGGCACGUUUUGACUGUAAAGUUAGUGGAACACCACCUCCAGAAGUCACAUGGACCCACUGUGAACAACCAGUGGUGGAGAGUGAAAACAUUCGAUUUCUCACUGAGGGUGGUCAUCACUCCCUGCUUAUCGCUCAUGUUACCCAGCAGUGUGAGGGAUUUUACAUGACUGUAGCUCAAAAUGUCCAUGGCCACGUUGAAAGCUCAGCUGAACUCUUCGUACAGGAACCUCGACCAGUAAUAUCAUCUCACAUGUCGCGUUUGGAGAAGAUGCCUUCUAUUCCGGAGGAGCCAGAAAUGCUGGAGGGAGAAGUGGAGCGCAGGACCAUGCCUGACUUUGUCAAGCCUCUCAGCGACCUUGAGGUGGUUGAGGGUAAAGAUGCAGUUCUACAGUGUAAAGUCACAGGCAUGCCAUAUCCCACUAUCACCUGGUACCAUAAUGGGCAGAAGAUAGACAACACCGAAGACAGGAAGAUGACACAGUACAGGGAUGUCCACAGUCUGGUCAUUCGUUCAGUAUGUCACGGUCACAGUGGCGUGUAUAAAAGUGUAAUCUCCAAUAAAAUGGGAAAGUCCACCUGCUAUGCCCAUCUGUAUGUAACAGAUAUAAUUCCUGACCCGCCUGAUGGGACUCCAGUUGUUGAAGGCAUUACUGGAAAAACUAUCACUAUCAGCUGGAAGCCACCGAAAAAUCUUGAUCCAUCUAUUGAUCCUAGUUCCCUUGUGUAUACUGUCCAGCAGCAGGCCUUGGGCUCCAUCCAGUGGACAGUCGUAGCAUCCAGUCUGACAGAGACCACCUACAGACUGACAUCUCUUACAAAAGGAGUCCGAUAUGCGUUCAGAGUCCUUUGCAGCACAGGAAAAGCUCUCAGCAAACCCUCUCAACCUACUGACCUAGUUCAGCUUUUCGACAGAGGACAGUACUUGCACAAUGCCCCAGUCAUACUGGACAAGCCUAAUGUUGUGUAUGCUGUAGAGAACCAGCCUCUUACCAUUUCAGUAACUCUCAAUCAUGUCCAAGCAACAGUCACUUGGAAAAGGAGAGGCAAUGAACUUCUGAACAAGCCUGGUGCAUAUGAGAUAUUUAUGCCAGAUGAUGACCAACAUGCUUUAAGGAUAUGCAGGGUGAAAGCAGGAGACAUUGGGCAGCUGAUUUGCACAGCAAACAACCAGUAUGGAAGUGACCUUUGCACUGUCACAUUUACAAGAGCAGCGCCACCUGCUUUUGAAACCAUCAUGGAGGACUUGGAUGUGUGUGUUGGUGAAACACCUCGCUUAGUUGUGGUUGUCAAUGGUAGACCUGAACCAGACAUCCUUUGGUACAAGGACAAUGUACUACUUGCUGAAAGCAGUCAUUUCACUUUUGUGUAUGACGACCAAGAGUGCUCCCUUGUGGUCCUUAACGCCCAGCUUGAAGAUUCAGGAGUCUACACAUGCACAGCUAAGAACCUGGCAGGAGAAAUUUCCUGCAAGGCUGAACUCACCGUCCAUGAGGUUAAACAGGCCGUGGAGAAAGAGCAGAUGGAGGAUGAGGGAACCAUCCUGAGACGGUUGCGUAGGCUGACAGAUUAUUAUGACAUCCACAAAGAAAUCGGCAGGGGGGCUUUUUCAUAUGUUAAGCGGGUAACCCCAAAAAAAGCAAAGUUGGAAUAUGCUGCCAAGUUCAUCUCAGCUCGAGCCAAAAGGAAAGCCUCUGCCUUAAGAGAGAUGCAGCUCUUGGCUGAGUUGGACCAUGAAAGAAUCGUCUACUUUAAUGAUGCAUUUGAGAAGAAGAAUGUUGUAGUUAUCAUCACUGAACUCUGUCACGAGGAGCUUUUAGAAAGACUGACAAAGAAGACCACUGUCUUGGAGUCUGAUAUUCGGUCCUGCAUAAGGCAGAUUUUAGAGGGACUUUCCUACCUACAUCAGAACAACAUCAUUCAUUUAGACAUAAAGCCUGAAAACAUUCUUAUGGCAGACCAAAAGAGUGAUCAGAUUAAGAUUUGUGAUUUUGGCAACUCCAUAAAGAUCACACCAAAUGAACUGCAAUACUGUAAAUAUGGAACUCCUGAAUUCAUUGCUCCUGAAAUUGUCAAUCAAACACCUAUCUCCAAAGCCACAGACAUCUGGCCAGUGGGAGUUAUUACAUAUUUGUGCCUCACUGGAGUAUCUCCAUUUGCUGGAGAAAAUGAUAAAGACACACUGCUCAACAUCAGGAACUCUAAUGUGGCGUUUGAAGAAAGCAUGUUUUCAGACCUAUGCAAAGAAGCAAAAGGAUUUGUCAUUAAGCUACUUGUAGUGGACAGACUAAGGCCUGAUGCCAGUGAAUGCCUCCAUCAUCCAUGGUUUAAGACUCUGAUAAAAGGAAAAAGCAUCAGCACAGCAGCACACAAGCAAGUUUUGGCCAAGCGCAAAUGGCAGUGUUCACUAAUCAGCUACAAGUCCAAGAUGAUGAUGAGAUCCAUCCCAGGGCUGCUUGAUGAUUCCUCCAGUCAUGUGUCCCUUGCCAUUCCUAGGAAUCACAAAGAGGGUUCACCACCCCUAUCAUCCUCCUCGGACUCUGAUGAAGAUAUUGAUGAGCUUCCCUUCAUACCCAUGCCUCUCACAAUGAUGUUUUCUGGUUCCCGCAUGUCUUUGACUGAGAUCCAUGAAGAGGAGAAUGUUGCUGGAGCCUGUAAGGGCACCUCCCAGAGCCUCCGUCAGAAUGGGAAUGCUAUUGAAUGUGAAUCAUCUAAUCAAGAAAAGAAUGUUAAACACAAAGAUAUUGUGGAUAGUUCUGAACAACCAGAGCUGAACGAAUUAAGUGCAGAAGCAGAGCAGGCUUCAGCUAAAGCCAGAAGGCGAGUAAUGCGCAGGGGAAGUUCUGCUGACAGUGCCCUUAUUCUUCACAUCACACCUGAGGAUACUGCUGCUAAUGAGGCUUCAGAAGAAGAUCAGAAGUGCAUGAAAAAGGCAGUAUCUAUGGAGAUUCCAUGUAGGAGCAAUAGUCCCAGCCCUGGAAAACUGAAGCAGGAGGACUAUGCCCUGAAACUGGAACUUCUAAGGCAGAGGCUGCUUAGAGGUGGUUCUGUGGAUAAGAAAAUGAGUGGGCUCCGGGGUCCCCUGUUUGAGACUCUGGGGGUUGAUGAUGAAAAACAAACUGCCUCUUUGGAUCGCAAAUUACAAAAAGCUAAAACAGGUGCCACCAUAAGCGAAGAGAACAAACCCAAGGUGUUUCAGAAGAGCUUCUCCUUUACUCAGGGUGAUCCUGAACCCGUGUCAAUGCACAGAAGAUUUGGGGCUCCACUGGAGAUUCCAUCAUCUCAUUCUGAGGAGAGACUCCAAGAAAUUGAGCAAACCAAGUUAGAAUCACAAACUAAGAUUCUACCUGAGACUUCUAUCAAAUCACAUCUUCCAGAGUCAAAAGAUCAACAAGUAACAGUGGAAGAGAUAAACAAUACUAUGGGUCCAAAUAAGCAUUUCUCUCAGUCAUUGUUGCAGGACAAAAAUAUCAAAAUGGAGAAGACUAAAGAGGUUUUGGCUCCAUUACAUUUGCAAACUAAAGAAAGUAGAUAUCUUUCUGAAUCUAUACUCCUGCAGGACCUGGGCGCAACUAAUGCCAGUUUGGUGCAAACAGAUGGCAAAAGUUAUUCAGCACAGCUUGCUCCAAUCCUGAAAAUCACAGAACCAGAAACUUCAUCCACCAAAGAACACCCUGCUGUUUUUGCUAAAGUUGCUUCUGCACAAAAUCCAACUCUCAGAACUAACAUAAAAGACAUUGAUUCAGAAGAAGUCUUUGAAUCGAAGUUCAAGAAACGAGAAUCCUCUUUAACACGUGGCUUUAAGCGCCUUACCAGGACAAAGUCAGAGGAAAAAUCUUCUGUCUUUGCCCGGAAAUCAGGUGAAGAGGUUUAUCGACCAGGGCCAACCGGUGCACCACUUGAGUUUGUGUCAAGAGGAUUGCAAGAAAAAUCCAAGUCAUUCCAAGACCUUAGAGAGAUAGACAGAGAUGCUGGCCUAGGAAUAACAGGCAGGUUCUCUUUGCGUGCAAAGAAAUUAUCAGCCACUGACAGAAAAGAGAAAAAGUCAAAAGAUGAAAAUCAAGAUGCAUCUGUUUCCAGACGAAGAGUGACUUGGGCUCUGGGGCGCAGUAAGUCUCUGGACAAAAGAAUGACUGAUGCUGUGGUCUCUGAUUUUGAUAAAGACUCCAAAGAGAGUCUUGAAAGUGAAAGCAAAAAGGUACCUGAAUCUCCAGUUUUUGCAAUGCGACGCAAAUUUGAAUCAAAAGUUUCCAGUAUAUCAGACAGAAUACGUAGUAAAUCACAAGAAAAAAAGGAAAGUAGGAAACCACAGCAAGAAAUAAAUGAGGAGAAACAGAACAUCAAGAAGGUCAGUGAUUCACCGGUUCUAGCAAUGCGCAAGAAGUUUGAGUCAAAGGUUCUUGGAUCAUUAAGAAAUCACUCAGAAGACCGGAGUGGGGAAGAUAAAAGAAAGAAAACAGGGCUCAGUCAGUCUCAGUCUGAAGGAAGUAGUUUAAAUAAAAUGGACAUUCCUGAGAAUCUGUUGGUGACACAAACAGCCUGCACAAUAUCCAAAGAGUCCCUAGACUCUACAUCAAGUGCCCAGUCUACAAAAUCAUCUCACACCCCUGAAAGUGAUCGCAGGUCUCGAUGGGACAGAUGGGGAUUAUCAAGAACUAAGAGGGACAGGACUCCAUCUCAGUCAAGCAUUCCCCCAUCUCCUAAAGACGACGGUAACCAUGCCUCCUCUUACCAGCGAUCUGCCUCUGAUUUCCCCCCAGUUUUUCAUAUAAAAUUGAAAGACCACAUACUUUUGGAGGGAGAUCCAGUUACCCUGAGUUGUUUGCCAGCUGGCAGUCCUCUACCCGGAAUUGUCUGGAUGAAAGAUAAGAAACCAUUAGAAGUUGAUGACAGAAUGAACCUGAUGGCUAGCCCGGAUGGAAGACAGCUCUUGAUGAUAAUGAAGACUGGCAAAAAAGAUGCUGGGUUGUAUGAAUGUAUAGCAACAAAUAAACUGGCCUCUGCAACCAGUUCCUGCACCCUGUCAUUAGCUAGUAUUCCUAAAUGUCCAGGGACUCCUGAGAUUCCUCAAACAUAUAACAAUACAGCCCUGGUGGUAUGGAAACCAGCAGAUAACAAAACUCCCUGCACCUACACACUUGAAAGGAAAACUGAAGGUGAUUCCAAAUGGUUGAUUGCAGCUACAGGAAUUGCUGAUUGUUAUUAUAAUGUCACAGACCUUCCUUCUGGCAUACACCUCCGUUUUCGUGUGGCAUGUGUGAAUAAAGCUGGACAGGGCCCUUACAGCAAUGUUUCAGAAAGAGUUGGCAUCGAUAUUCCAGAGGUGGUACUUCCCCAGCCUGCUUUAGUGAAGACAGUGUCUUCCUCUCCUCCUGCUACCAGUCUAAGCAUAAAUACAGCUCCUUUAAUGUCUACUAAAAACUCCACAGCCCCUUGGAGAACAUCUGCCACAAACACUACACCAACUAUACCUUCCUCAACAAGUCAACCUUCCAGCCCUACCCCAAAAGUCUCACCCCAGUUCCCAUCUAAUAACUCUUCCAUCCCUGAAGAUACUAAAGUCUCUGUCACCCAGUUACCCGUUAAGGUCAAGUCAGUUCCACCCUUGGUCCCUUCCAAACCAAACAGCCCUGUAAAUGUGGUGCCUCCUAUCACACAAAUCCAGUUUGUAACUCCAAGACCAUCCACAACUCCUCCUUCAGUGGAAAGACCAAUGCCUUCUGUUCCUUCAUACGUUCCAGUUACCACUGCUCAAGUAGCUCCUCCCCCAGUCACUCCUACUGUGGUUCUAGCUAACAGUAUAAGUCCUAUAGGUGACAGUGAAGGCUCAGCAGCAUCUGAGACACCCAGUGGAAGAAGUGAGACAGCUCUGAGACAGGGAGUUCCUCAAAAGCCGUACACAUUUCUGGAUGAAAGAGCAAGAGGUCGAUUUGGCGUGCUGCGGGACUGCAGGGAAAAUGCCACAGGGAAAAUGUUCAUGGCUAAGAUAGUGUGCUAUGAUCAGGAGACAAAGCAGUCAGUGAUACAGGAGUAUGAGAUCUUCAAAUCUCUUCAUAACGAUAGAAUCAUAGCUUUACACGAAGCUUACGUCACACCUCGCUAUCUGGUGCUCAUUACUGAGUAUUGCAUGGGCAAAGAGAUCCUUUACAGCCUUACUGACAGGUUUCGAUACUCCGAGGAUGAUGUGGUAGGUUUACUUGUCCAGAUCCUGCAGGGUCUAGAAUAUUUGCACAACCACCGGAUCCUACAUCUCGACAUUAAACCAGAUAAUAUAAUGGUCACCAACCAAAGUAUUGUUAAGAUAAUAGACUUUGGCAGUGCUCAGAAGUUCAACCCCCUCUCCCUCAAACCCUGCAGCAGAGAUCUGGGAACUUUGGAAUACACAGCUCCAGAGAUACUAAAAGGAGAUGUUGUUGGUCCUCCAGCUGAUAUGUGGAGUUUAGGAGUUCUCACCUAUUUUAUGCUCAGUGGCAGGUUGCCGUUUAAAGAAAAAGACCCACGGCAGACAGAGACCAAAAUUCUUGCAGCAAAGUUUGACUCAACUAAGCUGUACCCGAAUGUUUCCCAAAGUGCCUUGGCUUUUCUCACUAAAAUAUUAAACGUCUAUCCAUGGUCACGGACCACUGCUAAAGACUGCUUCUCCUUGGCGUGGCUUCAGGACUCAUACCUGACCAAACUGCGUCGGCAGACCCUGACUUUCACAACUACUCGAAUGAAGGAGUUCCUUGGAGAGCAUGAGCGUCGCCGAUCGGAAUCUGCUACGAAACACAAGGUCCUCCUGCGCGUCUACCAGGGUGGACCUCAAGUCCCAUCUUCACCUAAGGAACCUAAUCCUUCCAGCACAUCAAUCCCCCAGUGACAGCCCCUAUUUCAUGUUAAUAUGUUUUUUUUUUGCCAUACCAUCUGCUAAAUGCUAAUACAGAAGAUCGACAUAUCAUGCAUAUUAAACUUCGGCUGCAUUUACAUGGACAUUACUGGCUUCUAUCAGAAAAUGCAUAUACAGUAUGUGCAUUGCAGGUGUGUUGGUGGUGAAGUUUAUUAAUCCCCACGUCACUAGCAAACUUGUGUUUUAAAUCACAUAGAAAGUGCUAAAUAGUAUUUACUAACUGGUCACGUAUUUAGCACAGAAUAAUGUGGAUCUGGACACAGCCAUCAAUGCUUUUCCUAAAUACUGAAUAUAAGAUAUAAAAUUACAGUAGGUAAAAAAAGAAGCGGCAGCUGCACACAUGCUGGAUGGGGUGUGUGAUAGCCUCGGCCAUCCUCAGUAGUGGGGGUGGCAGCAGCAAUGAGAGAAAUAAGCUCCAAUUGGCCAGGACUAGAUUGGAUAAAAUAAAGGGAAAAACACUUAACAAAAAAAUUUGAUUAAAAAAAAAAUCUGUCUAUCAACAGAUACCUUUCACUGAAAUCAAUUGCGGCAGUGUGUUUUUGAUGGAUGGUAACAGGGUCCAUGUAAUUGCAGCCUAACACUGCUCAGCUGGGAGAGAGCUGUUUAUGUGUUCCAGUACAAAAAUAAUUGAUUGUGAUUACAGCUCAUGGCACAACAAUAUAUAUUUAGUCUAUGGCUAAAAAAAAAAAGACACAUUUUAACCACAUGUACAACAGGUCUGUAUAUAAAGCAGGUACACAACUCAACUUAAAAUGUUAUAUAGUUUUAUAAAUGUAUUGCCAUCUUUUAUCAUAUCAUUGAUGGUAAACAGCACAGAACAGCAUAAUCCAGGUGCUUGUCUUGUAGUGUGUCUUCUCUAAUAAAAAAUUUUCUGGUAGAAAGCAGUUUGUCUUUAAAAGAUGGAUGGAACAAAGUAUUGUUAAGGCAGGACUGAAUUUGUAAGGCAAUUUAUGCCUCCUAAAGAUGGAUCCCAAAGUAAUUACAACAGUUAAAGCGGUUUCCAAUUUGUGCACCACUGGUCUAAAUAGUACAUCAAAUCCCUGUAGAAAAUGAUUGUGCAUAUGUGGUAAAUUUAACUCCUUUGCUAAAAAUGGGCUUUGCGGCGCCCAGAUUCUAAACUCCUCGGUUCGAAACUCGGCGUUGCCACCGGUCGGCUGGGCACUAUCUAGUGGGCAUAAUUGCCACUGUCUGCAGCAGAUAGUAAUUGCCCACCAUAUCUGCAGGGUGGGGGUGGGUCUUGAUACGCUGUGUAAAGACCCUGAUUGGCGGAAGAGACAGACGAGAAGAGGAGGGCUGUGCAUGUGUCGAAAGAGGCGUGUGCAGCGACGUGCUUUCCUCGGAUGCAAUCGGGUAUCCCUCAGCAGCAAAAGACUAAUUGAGUGUGCUAAAUAAGAAAAAUGCAUUAAAAAAGGGCUUUGCCCUCUUGGUGCUGGUUAAA